CGUUUUCCUGCACUUAGGGAACAAGAGUACGCGGCCCGAGCCCGACGGGCGGCAUUGCGAAAAAUAUGAGGAUUCGCCCGGGAUGCGUGGCUGCACUAGUAGUGCUACUGCAAGCCGCACUUGUGGCGAGCAAGGCAGUGGAUCAGAAUCAACUGCAGGAACAGAAGUCUCAGCAACAAAUUCCAUAUGGCACAGCGGCACAGAAGAGAUGGGGUGAUGAUUUGGGAGGCCAUGGUGGCGGUUUAGCUACCGGUUACGGUGGAGAUCUAGGUGGUCACGGUGGAGAUCUAAGUGGUCACGGUGGAGAUCUAGGUGGUCACGGUGGAGACCUUAGCGUUCACGGUGGUGAUACAGGAGGUGGUUUCGGCCAUUCUGGAGGAGGUGGCUUUGGUCACUCUGGCGGUGGUGACAUCGGCGGUGGUUUUGGUCAUUCUGGAGGUGACAUUGGCGGUACUUUUGGCCAUUCCAGUGGAGGUGACGUUGGUGGUGGUUUUGGUCAUUCUGGAGGAGGUGGUGGCGAUGGAGGCAAUGGAGCGCUCGAAGAACACCAUGACGAUCAUCACCAUCAUCACCACGAUCAUGGCUAUUGGAAGAAGAAACUGAUUUGGAAGCCAGGAUGGAAGAAAAUCUGGAAACCAGCAAAGAAACAAAUUUGGAAGCCCGCGUGGAAGAAAAUUUGGAAACCCGUGUGGGUACCAACACAGAAGGCAGUAUGGAAAGACAUUCAGGUGCCAGCUUGGAAAAAAAUUUGGAAGCCCGUGUGGAAGGAGAUACAGGUCCCAGUGUGGAAGGACAUUCAGGUACCAGCCUGGAAAAAGAUUUGGAAACCCGUUUGGAAACCUAUAAAGGUGCCAGCCUGGAAGGAAAUUCAGGUGCCCGCGUGGAAGAAGAUCUGGAAACCGGUUUGGAAGGAAAUUCAAGUACCAGCGUGGAAGGAGAUUCAGGUACCAGCCUGGAAAAAAAUCUGGAUCCCUGAAUGGGUGAAAAUCGGCAUUCCUGGUGAGCACUUCCACGGCACCGAUAACCAUGGAUGGCAGUACACUAGUCACGAUCUGUGGAAGAAGAAACUGAUAUGGAAACCACUAUGGAAAAAGUAUUGGAAACCAGCGAAAAAACAGAUCUGGGUACCGGACAAGAAGCUGGAGUGGGUGGAAGCCUGGAAGCAAAUCUGGAAGCCGGCCAAAAAGCAAAUUUGGGUAGAUGACAAGAAGCUUAUCUGGAAGGAAGAAUGGAAGCAGAUUUGGAAACCAUCUAAGAAACUUAUUUGGGUGCCUGAUAAGAAGCUGGAAUGGAAAGAGGCUUGGAAACAGAUUUGGAAGACUGACAAGAAACUUGAGUGGAUACCUGAUAAGAAAUUAGCUUGGAAAGAAGCUUGGAAACAGAUUUGGGUACCAGCUUGGAAGGAAAUUUGGGUUCCAGCAUGGAAGAAGAUUUGGAAACCAGUUUGGAUAUCAGAAUGGUUCCCCGCAGACGACCACCAUCCCCAUCAUCAUGGUUGGGAAGACCGAAAAGAUACAGAGACUCAAAGUUCUCAGAUAGUUCCUUAUAGUUCUGAUGCUGCUUCAAAGCAGAACGCUCAGGCUCAGCAACAGCAACAUCGAAUCGACGAGAACAAGGUUAGAUGGGAUAGAUCUUCGAAGACUGAAGCUCCAUCGAUCAGUCAGGACUUGGUGCCACCACCAGCAUCGAAAAAUCAAAGCGGUCAGACAGCCAACUUUGGGUUUACCAAUCACUGAUCGAGCAGUAUAAAAAUCUAUAGCUUGUAUAAAAACCUAUUCAAGAGUAUUGUAACAUAAGCCGCUGUAUAUAUUAUCUUAGUCGUAUAAUAAGUUGUAGAGAGUUAAGUUUUCGAAGGAUUAAUCGACUGACACGGCCCUGACCCUAACGCGUUCUAUCUUUAUGUAUGUAUAUUUUCUACUCCCCCUUUUUAUACAAUGUUGUUGUUACUUUUGUUAACCGAUGCCGUUACAAAUAAAGUUGAUUAAUAUUUUGUUAAGACAAUUUUGUUAUUAUUUCACCUGAUUAUCACACAUAUUUUUUAGAGGUAUUACGAAUGAAGAUUAUAGAAAAUUAUAGUAAGUCUACAUAGCAAAGAAAGAAAAGCCUAAUAAAGAAAAACUUCCUAUUAUUACAAAUUUUCACAUGGCAUUGCUCCACGUUAACUAAGUAAUAUAUAAAUUUCAGAACCUACUCAAGAUUAGAACAUUCCGCAAAAGCAAGAACUAAGUAAAUAUUUGCUACACGAAUCAUCGACAAACAUAACUUCAAUAUUUUCUUAUAGUAUUUCUUCUCGCUUCUUUUUCAUAUAUUCUAUAUCCAAAUCGUAAUCUACACUAAUACGCCGGUAUUACCGGUACAGUUUGUUAAUACAUAUUUCAUUAACACCAUCGCAUUUCGCUUCGUCAUCCGAGGAUCCACUCGACAUGACGCAACAUGGCCACGCGGUUGUAGCCGCCGCUGCUACUGAAAAACCGGAGAAAGUUCGAAUCUGUAUGGAAGGAAGUCGUGUCGGGUUGUAUAUGGGAGACCUCGACCGUAGAGAAAGUAUCCGUGCACCCACACAUAUGAGAGUGGUGCGGCUCACAUGCAUUCAGCGACAUAAAUUAAUUCCUGCCGCUAUACUGUAUUCUCUUUGAGUUAUCCAACUGCUUUAUAAAGCCGGGUCUGCACCUGACGAAUGAACGCAAACCUUUACAGUAGCUCCACAUUAAUUGGUUGAUUGGAUUUUCCUUCUUUAACAAGACAUCGCUAUGCCCACCAGUUCUUCAAGCCAACUUUGAGAAGUAAUCCAAUAUCGUUACAAUAAACAAACAUAGAUCAGGUAUUUGUAUACAUAUAAUUCGUAUUUAAUACGGAAAAGCUACAGUCUCAAAAAGUUAAAAGUCUCAUGAAAGUAUUUGAACAUCAAUUAUAGAAAACUUUUAUGUAGGUAUACAUGUUAUGCCAAUUUAAUAUAUUGUACCUAUUAACCAAUUUAAAAUUUCAUAGGCAAUACGAGACCCGACUAUUCUGAUUAUAUUUGAUAAAAUAUGAAAUCAAUCUAAAAAUGCAUAUAAAAGUUACAAGUCUUUUAUUGCAAACAUAUAUUUAGUAAAAAGUUAGUACAUACACAUGAAUAACCAUCUUAUACAUGUAAUAGGUGUUAAAUAUGCUCCCAUUAGACAUUGAAGAUUAUUAAUAUAAUAGAUAAUUCACUGUUUAAACACUUUUAUGAUCUCUACGAAAUAUAUAAGUGUCUGCAAGACAGAAUGUCUUGCAACUUCUAUGUAUUAGUUUCAGAUUUGUUUGAAAUGUAUCAGUAUAAUCAUAAUAGUCGCGUUUCAUCACUUUCAUCAAUUUCAGAAUCGUUUCGCAUAACAAAAGAAGGUUUCUAUAAAUAUUCAAAUACUUUCGUAAGCAACUGUAUACUCCAGGUUUUUUAGAACUCCCUUGUUAAUUGAUAAAGUCCAGAGUCUAACCUAACCUAUGACUAGUGGAAGCUUCAUUGCAAUUUAAAUCACACUUGGUGUGUCAUCUACUAAGCAAUCAUGUUUGUUGAUGCUUAUCACGUUGAUUCAUUGAUGUCGUUUAUGUUUGUUCGUAUCUGUUCAUCAAGUAUAAACUCGGCUUAAUAGGUUGUAUGUAUGUGUACAUUGCGCAGUGGAAUCGGCCUCAAUGCACGACGAGAGAAACUUUUGCUUUAAUCCAACUAUACCGCAGGGUCAGACUUUUCAUCCAAUGUGUUUCGCUUGGGGAAGAAAAUAGAAUUGGAGAAAUGUCGUACACGUAUAUUUUCUAAUCGAUCUCUUCAGCCGGCCAAUGAUUUCCACUUUUCUCCGGGCCUCUUUCUCUCGUUCGUUUCGUUACAAUUUGUGACAACGUUUUAUCUCCUUGACGUUCAUAGGUUCGACGAACUAGCUUCUAUAGGCUCUCAUAGAGUAUUUCAUCUCUAGCCUAUAUAUUUGGAAUAAGUUUUGUAAAGAUUAUGAUAAAUACAUAAUAAUGGGACUAUGUUAUACUUGGUGAAUGAGACAGAUAGAGGAAUUUAUAAUAAAAACGAAACGAACCUUUCGGAAGAAGCCAAUACAUGCAUAUUUAGAAUAUCUUUCAGAUGAAACGAUUAAGUGUCCAAGGUUAUUUCCUUAAGAAUAUAUUCUUUUCUACGUUUCUGAAGGUGAUUUUAUGGUUAAAUGGAAAUCUUGCAAGUUCAAUACCAACCGAUUACCACAAUAGUAAGCAAUUUUACGAGUUUACGAGAGCAAUGAGGAAUUAGGACGUAUUAAGAUUGGCGUGAAUUUAAUGGCGGCGAAACCAAAAGUGGCUGUAUGUGAUUUUUUCCUAGCAACUGUACAACAUUUUACUCUAUUAGAAAGCGGUAAUAAGGAAAGUAUUUCUAUAUAUAAAGAUUAAGUCUACAUUCGUAAAUACAUAAAACUUAUUAUAUUAUUUUUUUUCCAAAAAAAAGAAAG